CACAAAGACGCGUCUUGCCCCCUCUCGCGUGUGAGAUUUCUCUAUAUCAGUGGACUUGCGCCUUGCGCCUUGAUGGCCCCUCCUCCACCACACUGAUCAAAAUGCCCUCUCUCAGCGCAGGACCUAGCACGGUACCUCGUCGACGAUCUCGAAAUGACCUUGGCGACGACAGUGAUCAUAUCGAUUCCAGCAACGCGAUUCCCGCACCGAACCCUAAACGUCCUCGGUUUGAUUCUACUGAAGAAGAGCCUGGCACCGAAGAGGGAGAGAACGAGGAUGAUGAGGAUGAUCAAGGUGACGCGUCCGCAAGUCAAGACUCAAGUCAGCCCCCUGCGAGGCGCUCAACAGCCCACCGUGGAAUUGGACCGGGUGGCUACAAACCCGGGGCGAUCGUUCGAAUCAAAGUCACGAAUUUCGUGACUUAUACGUCCGCCGAAUUCCAUCCAGGCCCGAAGUUGAACAUGGUCAUCGGUCCAAAUGGCACAGGAAAGAGUACCUUGGUUUGCGCCAUCUGUUUGGGUCUUGGUUGGGGUCCACAGCAUCUCGGAAGAGCAAAGGAUCUUGGGGAAUUCGUCAAACACGGCUGUGCGGAAGCCAUCAUCGAAAUCGAACUCGCGGGCCCACCGAAGCUGACUUCCAAUCCCGUCAUCUGUCGAACUAUCAAACGCGAUGGAAAUAAAAGCUCAUUUACUAUCAACGGACGGAAUGCCACUCCGAAGCAAGUGGCGAACUUUGUGCAAUCCUUCGCGAUUCAAGUGGACAAUCUUUGCCAGUUUCUUCCCCAGGACAAAGUUGCCGAAUUUGCGGCCCUUUCACCCGUCGAACUUCUCCAUUCUACCCAGAGAGCUGCAGCUGAGCCGGAGAUGACUAGGUGGCAUAAUAAUCUCAAAGAUCUCCGACAAAAGCAGAAACAACUCGAGAUAGAGAACAGAGGUGACAACGAAACCUUGGCAAACCUGAAAGAUCGGCAGGAACAGCAAAGAGGAGAGGUCGAGAACAUGCGGCAGAUGGCCGUGGCCCAAGAGAAAAUGGAGCUUUUGGAAUUCUGUCGCCCGCUGGUGGAGUACAGAGAGUACCAUAAAAAGUUCGAGAAGAUCAAAGAGUUGAAAGCCCGAGUCGAGCAAGAGGAGGAGCAACUCAAAGCCGAACUCGAGCCUACCCUGCAGGCAGUCACGGCCAAACAAAGCUAUGUGGACAAGAUUGUUCUCCUUCGAAACCACCGCAGGCAGCGUUUUCAGCAAUUAUCCACUGUGGCUUCAUCUUGUGAGCAAAAACUGAAAGAUCUAACAAGUUCGAUGGACGAUCUGGAUAGUCAAAUCGGGGCCCAGAAGAAAAGCUCGCAGAAGCACAAAGUUGAGGCGACUCAGGCGCAGCAGAAGGUGAACAAGUUGAAGCGGCAAUUGGAGGAGGAAGCUGUAGAGUUUGAUGCUUCUCACUACAAUGAACAGCUGAGGGAGAAAAGGCUUGCUCUGCGUGAUUUUGGGACAAAACUCGGUGACAUUAAGGUUCAACGAGUUCCAUCCCAUGACAAACACAAAGAGCUAUCGAAACAGAUCGAAGCGGCCGAGGCGCAAUUGAAAAAUCUGGAUUCCCAGAUGGGACAGCAGGAGAUUAGGCUACAGCAGUUGUCUACGGAGACCCUCGAAGCCUAUCAAUGGGUUCAAAAUAAUCAGGCCAGGUUCGAGAAGCCAGUCAUCGGGCCUCCGAUCGUGACUUGCUCGAUCACAGAUCCCAAGUAUGCGGAUUCCAUUGAGGCCCUUCUCAGUAAAAACGACUUGCUGGCAUUUACGGUCCAGACCAGGAAGGACUUCCGUACACUGCAACAACAGCUGAUGGGACAAAUGAAACUUCAUGAUAUCACUAUCAAGACGAGUCCUCUGCGGGAUAAUCGAGAAACCCCAAUGUCGGGCCAAGAACUCCGGCAGCUGGGCUUUGACGGCUGGGCAAAGGAUUUUAUUAGCGGACCCGAUCCUGUCAUUGCCUCCCUUUGCAUGGAGAAUCGAUUUAGCCAAACUGCCAUCGGGCUCAGUCAAUUUAGGGGUGAACAAGCUGAGAUCGACGAGCUGCGCAGGAGGAAAGUCACCACAUUCGUGGCCGGGACUCAGUUGUACCAAACCAAUUAUCGUGCAGAGUAUAACGCUUCUUCAACUAGCAUCAAGGCGGUUCGGCCUGCCAGAUUCUGGACCACACAGCCUAUCGACACAUCUAUCAAAGAAACACUUCUUCAAAACAUUGAGGAGUGGAAGGGGAAGAUAGAAGACGUCGAAGCGGAAAUUCAGGUCUUCAAGGAUCAAUUCGCGGCAGCUGUAAAGUCUUACAAGGAGACGGAACGCGCAAUUGAAGCAAUUGAAGAAGAAAAGGCCGCACAGCAAAGUGCUCACACAAAGUGGCUAGCUAUCCCUGCACUUAUCAGUCAAGAAGAAGCCAAAAUGAAGAAUCUCCACGAGCUGUUCGCGGAGGUGAGAGAACAAGUGGCUGCGUAUCGUGACCAGCAGGACAAGAUUGCUAUGCAAAAGGCGGAGGCGGCAAUCGCUUAUGCAGACGCUGCCGAAGCGCUUCGACUUGCUUCUGAGGAGUUCAUCAAGGUUGAGGUCUGGCACCUAGAAGCCAGUUCGGAUCUCAAGACCCUCCAGGACAAAUUUGCAGACUGCACAAGGCUGCUUGACCAAAAGGCCCUAGAGGUGAGGAAAGUCGGUGAGGAGUUCAUAGAAGGUCGUGAGAAGGGUCGCACAUUGUUAAGAGCGGCCAAGAAAACCAACAAAGAGGCCCAGCAGCGACCAAACAGUGACGAGGUCCUGCAAACGAUUCAAGAUAUGGCAUAUACUGUCGACAAUCUCAAUGCCGAUAUCGAAUCCCAACAAGCUCAGGUUCGGUUGUUUGUUGGGGGUAAUAGCAACGUCAUCAAGAUCUUCGAGGAUCGGGAGAAACAAAUUGAAAGACUCGAGGCCAAACUCAGCGAUUACCGACGUGAUUUGGCUGAGUAUGAUAAUGCGAUCAAGGAAGUCCGGGAGCGUUGGGAGCCAAGACUUGAUGCACUCAUCGCCAAGAUUAGCGAUGCCUUUGGAGACUCGUUCGCGCGCAUUGGCUGUGCUGGCCAGGUCAGUCUGGACAAGGUAGAAGCCGAACCUGGUCCGAACGGCGAACCUGGAGGCAGCGAGUUUGACCAGUGGUCUAUUCAAAUUCACGUCAAAUUCCGCGAAAAUGAGCAACUCUCGAUCCUUGAUUCUCAUCGCCAGUCCGGAGGUGAACGUGCCGUCAGCACGAUCUUCUACCUCAUGGCCUUGCAGUCGCUGUCCGCGUCACCCUUCCGCGUCGUCGACGAGAUCAACCAGGGUAUGGACCCUCGAAACGAGCGCAUGGUACACGGCCGCUUGGUGGAUAUCGCCUGCGACUCUGACGAUGACGGAGCUACCGACGAGGACGGUAACCCUGUCGGCGGCGGCGGCGGUGGUCAAUACUUCUUGAUCACCCCCAAGCUUCUGAGCGGGCUGUCUUACAAGCCAGGCAUGCGGGUGCUUUGUAUCUACAGCGGCGAGCAUAUGCCGGAGGAAUAUGCCAAGUUGGACUUUGGCAGAGCCGUCCGCAAGAUGAGGGCCAUCAACGAGAAGAAUCAGAUUGCUAUGGGCGAGUCUCGGGGGAUCACGAAUGGGUCUCAAGUCAACGUCUACGGCUGAUGAGCAGCACUGUCGAGAACCUCUUCGGGAUUCUGGUGAUUGCAACGGCUCCAUCAUGCUCUAGUAGGUAGUUGCGCCGACCUUCUAGUUACUUCGUGCAGGCGGUUUUCCCUCUCUCUUCGUGUGUUUUUGGAUCUUUUGGAGUCUUGAGCGGAUCGCAGCUUGGAUGGUAUUAUUAGCGAUUUUAUGUUCUUUCUUACAUCUUAUUGUAUGUCAAGGCAGAGAGGUGUCUAUGAUCGAUUUACAGAUACCCCAAAUUCCAUCACUCUUGAAUGCUUCCAAGGCAGACAGUAUUGUAUGAUGUUCCGUUAUCAACUUGAACGUACCUGAUCUAUCACCUUAGAGCCCUAUUUUGGAAC